ACUUCAUAAUAGGUCUUUAAUUGGUGUUUCGGCACGAUCUCCGAUGAAUCGACGCAAAGAACUUUUUUUUUACCUCCUUUCCUUCUCAUUUCUCACCAGGACGUGAAUCUUGGAGAUAUAAAUAUAACCAUUCUCGCUCUCCCGACACCAAGUUUUUCACGGGUGUAUCAAGGUUGGGAAUGCGCGCACAGUGGCAUUGUUUUUUUUUCUUCCACUCUCUCAUACCUCUGUACUUCACCCCCAAAAGCGAGAGCUCUGCUCCGGACUUGAGAAGUUCGUCGCCGACAUCGUUCGAUUUUGUCGCCCCCUUGGAAGUUUGUAAGCUGCUGAUUGUAAGGUUGUUUCUUGACUCGGUAGUGGUGACAAGUUGGAAUGAUGUAUGACGGCAGCGAGGAGUACCUCAACCACCAUCGUGCCCGUGCUCACGCCUUUGCUCUCAACAGCAUCGUGCCCCCAGCACCUAGGAGCUUCUCCUACCCCGGUCUACCCAUGCAAUCAUCAAACCAUAACUCGUUAGGAUUCUCAGACCGAAGCAGUCACUUCGGUGAUUUCACCCCGUUGCCAGCCCCGCCAGGUGAUCACAAAACAGCGGCAGCUGCUGCGGCAACUCAGCAGAUGAUGGCCGCAGCGGCAGCGAUGCGCCCGCCUGACCUGUCGGCCCAAAAUCCUGCAACUAAAGACAUCAAGGUAACGCUUGAAGGGCGUGAACUAUGGACAAAGUUUCACGAGAUUGGAACUGAAAUGAUCAUCACAAAGGCAGGAAGGUAAAUCCAGACAUAUCAUACAUUUUCUUGUUUUUCCAGCUUUUUUAAAUUAAUAAAUCGUUCAUAGCAAAUUUUAUGAAAAUAAAUAGUAAAACAUAAGUUUGAAAUGUUUUCUAAAACUUAGCCAUAUCAGCCUAUGUAGGCCUACAAUAUAUUCGAAUGAGUUGUUUGAAAUGGAAUUGACUGUCCUUUGGUCCACAUUCUAAAUAAAUGUCCAUAUCGCUGUUUUUCUGUGUAGUUUUUGGUAAAUAAUUUUAUCAUGAACCUAUACAUUUCUCACUUCAAACAUGAAUGUGAUGACAUUUUGUUGUUAUAUUCUAGAUAAGAAUGGUAAAUUAUACGUGCAUUUUUCUAAUAUUUGAUUUGAUCAUCAAAAUACACUAGCUCGCUUUAUAGCAUCUAAAAUAUGUAGAUAAAUACAUCUUUUUCUGAAUAUAGGCCUACGAAUCAAUAAAAUGAGAAUUUAUGUAUGGGAAUUUAUGCGUAGCGCCGUCAUUAUACGGCACUUUAACACUAAAUAACUAAUCGAUCUUAAAAUGCGACAAACCCAUAGCAAAUAUUGCGCUUGUUUAUGAAAGAUCCCCUUCGCGCCCUAUUGUGCCUGGGCGUCAAUAUACAUGACUGAAGUAAUUUGUGGUCAUCGCUUUUGUGUGGCGUGAAUUCUGUGUGAGUGUGCGUGUGCGUUAUUGUGAUGUGCGUCCAUUUCCGAGUGACCAUUUACCACGACAACGGAAAACCGGAUUUAUUAGUAAUUUGAUGAAUGGAAACAGACAAAUAUCAUCCAUUAUCAUUCCGAACAGAAUUCAUGUCAUGGGGAAUACUUAAUUAUGCCCAUAUCUUGCAAGUGCAAGAACACACCGAUCUGACCAUCUUCUAGGAGGGCCAAAACCAUAAUUUUAUUUAUCUGGUCAAAAAAAUAAAAAAAAGGAAAUGAAGUAAACUUGUUCAUUUCUUAUUUUAUUCAACUUUCACGAAAUUAGGUAUAAAAUAUAAAUACCAUAUUGCUGAUGAAUUUGGAUAUAUAUAGGUAUAAGAUGCCUCCUUUUUAUUGUCCACAACGUAAAAACGAAAGCGAAGGAAUAUCAUGACAAGUUCUUUGCCUUAUGUUUCUUUUUUUCUAAUUAUAGUUUUGUUUCCGUCAUAAAAAGAUUUUGAAUUGCAGAUAUUUAUUUCAACUUUUACCAUGGUUACGAAGUGUUACAAAGCGGUUGCAAUUACGUAAAUAAAGAACUUUUCAUUUCAGGAAUUCUUCUGACCUAUCUGUGUACAUUCUAUAUCUGUAUAGUAAACCACAGGGCAGAAUAAAUAUUACAGAGAUCACAGUUAGGGUUUCACAGCUUAUGUAAAUACAGAUAAAGUUCCAAUGCAAUACAUUUGCCACCAUACUUUUCAUUUCUUUGCUAUUAUCACCUUUUCAAGUAAUUUCAUCCUUGGUAUUUCAUGAAUUUCAGGAUCUUUCUACUUGGUGAUCUAUACCACAUAUAUAGAAAUAGAAUAAACCCCUCCCCCUAC